AUGGCGCAUCUUGCAAAGCUGGGAGCUUUAACGGAUGAGCUUGUCACAUUAAUCACUUCCUUCUCUCCACAGUCUGAUCCUACCAGGUUCAAUACUUGUCGAGAAACUGCUCUUCGAGCACUCAGGCAUGGUAACUACAACCGAACAAACCAAUUUGAUAUUCAGGAUCGACUUGAAGGUCUGGACGAAAAGUUUCGAGUAUAUAAUGAAGAUCCACUCGCAGAUGCGCUCAAGGAGCGUUUGCAGAAACUACCUGAACUGAAAUUGAAAUGGACAUCCGAAAUUCUACAUCUACUUCUUGAAUUAUCGAAUAAGCCAGUUUCUAAGUCGAGGAUUGAAGAUCUGGAAUUGAUCAAAGUAUUAGAUCCUGAAACCGAGCCCCCUCUGAAAUGGCGAGAUCUUGUUGCCGAGGAUCCUCUGCUACGUGAAAAAAGCAUUUGGAGGAAUGUCGAUUUUGGGGCGGAUAGUUCUGAUGAUGAUGAUGCCCUUGGGGAUACUCGAUCAGAAUUGACAGAGUCGACCAGAUCAACAGGAGAAUCGAGUUUGGAUGAUGACAACACCAGGACACCCCAAGAUUUUAUUGUGAAUACACUUGAAGAGGACACUUUGAAUAAAUUGAGGAAGGCACAAUUUUGGCGGAAACCACCAAGCGUAAAUGGCAUUCAGCUAAAAACUGUUAGAAAACCUAUCACCGAACUUCAGGGGGUUCGAGAAAUUCUCUUCAUGUUUGCUGGAUCAUUGAGCUCUCUUUUCGAACCAAACCCUCGUGAUAUUCGGAUUAUUAAACCCUUGAAGAGUUAUACCUUCAAGCAUCUGACUCCGGAAGGUUAUGAUAUGCUAAUGGAAACCUUUGCAACCCAAGGCUCAGCAUUAGCUGUUCUUCGAGCCUGGGUAAAACAACCUCAAAACGUGCCAUUAUUACAGGUUCUGCAAUCAUCUAUUUCUCAGCGGAUCAUGGAUUUGGACACUAGGCUAUCCAAAAUCCAGAGUAGAUUUGUCGCUCCAUCGAAAGAUGUUGUCGUGAGUCUUCUAAGUCUACAAAACGAACUGGCGGAAUUUACCAAGCCCCUUAGCAGACUGGCCGAAAUCAUCAAAAGAGUUGAGCAUGAUCCAUAUGCCCAUGCUUUCCGGUACCUCGAGUUUCUAUACGACGAAACUUGUACCUCCCAAAUGGCUGGAGAUGAUGAUAUGUAUUCCUUCAUGGGUAAGAUCUUCUUUCAGUGCUUUCAAAUCUACCUAAGGCCAAUAAGAUCAUGGAUGGAGGAAGGUGAGCUCAGCAGUGGAGAUAACGUGUUCUUUGUCUCUGAAGUUACUGGAAACUCGGAUCCGUCUUCAAUUUGGCAGUCUCGCUUUAAGCUACGCAAGACCCAAAGUGGCGUAUUACAUGCUCCGAGUUUUCUUCACACUGCAGCGGAAAGAAUCUUUAAUACUGGCAAAAGCGUUGUUGUUCUGAAACAUCUAAAUCAAUUUGAAUCUGUACGGUUAAAGCGGAAAAUAGAACCAAAGCUCGACUUUGAUUCCGUAUGCAAUACCUCCAAAUUUUUCUUGGCCCCUUUCUCCGAGUUAUUUGAUGUAGCUUUCGAAAAGUGGAUUAGAAGCAAGCAUCAUCAUACCUCAAAUAAAUUGCGCCAAACUCUGUUCGACUCUUGCGGUUUACAUAAUGCCCUCAAUGCAUUAGCUCAUGUCUAUUUCAUCGCCGAUGGCAUUUCUUCCUCCAGCUUCAUGUCAUCUAUUUUCGAUAAGUUAGAUACGUUAGAUUCUUCCUGGAAUGAUCGUUUCUCAUUGACAGAGCUCGCACAAAGUACGAUUGGUUCCCACCCGUCCAUAAUUCCAGAACGACUUCGACUGCGAAUUCGACCUCUUUCACAAAGGAGUCGAGAUAUCAAUAGAUGUCGAAGAUCAGUCAAGGUACUCUCCAUAAUCGAACCUAUAUAUCACCUCUCUUGGCCUGUGCAAAUAAUACUUACUCCACAAACAAUACCCUCGUAUCAAGGAAUCUUUACCUUUCUCUUCCAAAUUCGUCGUAGUUCUCACAUUCUCUCCAGAGAGCGUUUAGUCUCCGAUCGUCAUAGUUCAACCAGUACCACCGAUGAACGUGCCCUCUACUACUCCCUCCGAACUCGUCUUCUCUGGUUUUACUACACUCUAUACUAUUACCUCACAUCCUUAGUAAUAGAACAACGCUCCCAAAAAAUGUAUCAGAAUCUUCAAGAAGUCGAGGAUAUCGAUGCAAUGAUUCGUGUCCAUACAUUGUUUACCAAGCGCAUUACCGAUGAAUGUCUUCUUGGUAGCAAGCUUGAGCUGAUUCAUAAGACUAUCAUCAAAUUACUUGAUCUGGGUAUCAGACUAGAAGAUGCGCAGGCUACAAAUGCGGCUCUUAGCAAAGAGACAAUGGAAAAACAACAGGAGAUCAUGGAUCUAUCACUAGCGUCUCUAGAUUUGCCACCAACACCCCGAAAAUCAACAAAUAUGAGGAUGAGUAUGAGGAUGAGUCUUGCAAAGCAAAGGGACGAGGACUCGGAGGAUGAAAUGGAGGUGGAUUUGAGUAUUUUAUCACCCGGAAUGGAAGAUCGUGAUGUUGAAUCGUAUGCACAGAAGUUGAAGAGUAUGAAAGGAGAAUUUGAUAGGUUAGUUCGGUUCGUAGGGAGUGGGUUAAGAGGGGUGGCUAGGGCGAGCGGAGGAGAGGAGGCGAAAGCCUGGGAUGUGUUGGGAGAGAUGAUCGAAGGGGGCUUGGAUACAUAG